GUCGUACGCCGUGACGUCAAUUCCUCCUGCUCCGCCGCUCCGGAAACUGCCGAGAAAACCCAGAAGAAGCAAGGAAGAUCCGAACAGCGCCGAGCCGCGGGACAUCUUCACCUACUAUCCGGGACGGCGGAACAGUGACUGUUUGGUUUGUGACCGACAGAGGCCGGUAAAGGACUUCGAAAGGAAAACAAGGAGGAGGCAACAGCAUGGAAUUCCCUACCCAGCCAAAGCUUGUGGAUGGGAAAAGCAUCAUCUACCCACCUGGUGUUAAAGAGAUAACAGAUAAAAUUUCCAAUGAUGAAGUGGUGAAACGGCUCAAGAUGGUGGUUAAAACGUAUAUGGAUAUGGACCAAGAUUCCGAAGAAGAGAAACAGCAAUAUCUCCCUCUAGCCUUGCAUCUUUCAUCUGAAUUCUUCCUCAGGAAUCCAAACAAAGAUGUUCGUCUACUUGUUGCCUGUUGCUUGGCUGAUAUUUUCAGGAUAUAUGCCCCAGAAGCACCCUACACCUCUCAUGAUAAAUUAAAGGAGAUUUUCUUAUUCAUAACAAGACAACUAAAAGGUCUGGAAGAUACAAAGAGCCCGCAGUUCAACAGAUAUUUUUACCUGCUAGAGAACUUAGCCUGGGUUAAAUCGUACAAUAUUUGCUUUGAGUUGGAAGACUGCAAUGAAAUAUUUAUUCAACUUUUUAAAACUCUUUUCUCUGUUAUCAACAACAGCCACAAUCAGAAGGUUCAGAUGCACAUGCUGGAUUUAAUGAGCUCCAUUACAAUGGAGGGGGAUGGUGUAACGCAAGAACAGCUUGAUUCUAUUCUCAUUAAUUUGAUCCCAGCACAUAAGAACCUAAAUAAACAAGCAUUUGAUCUUGCAAAGGUUCUCUUGAAAAGGACAGCUCAAACAAUUGAGCCAUGCAUUGCAAAUUUUUUUAACCAGGUUUUAGUUUUGGGUAAAUCGUCCGUGAGUGACUUGUCGGAGCAUGUGUUUGAUCUCAUACAGGAAUUGUUUGCUAUAGAUCCUCAAUUAUUGCUCUCCGUUAUGCCUCAACUGGAAUUCAAAUUGAAGAGUAAUGAUGGCGAGGAAAGAUUGGCAGUUGUACGACUUCUUGCCAAAUUGUUUGGUUCCAAAGAUUCUGAUUUGGCAACACAAAACCGCCCAUUAUGGCAGUGCUUUCUUGGAAGGUUUAAUGAUAUCCAUGUCCCUGUGAGAUUAGAAAGUGUGAAGUUUGCCAGCCAUUGCCUAAUGAACCAUCCAGACCUAGCUAAGGAUCUCACCGAAUUCCUAAAGGUUAGAUCACAUGACCCUGAGGAAGCAAUAAGGCACGAUGUAAUUGUUACCAUCAUUACAGCUGCAAAGAAAGAUCUUUUUCUGGUAAAUGAUCAGCUGCUUGGUUUUGUUCGUGAAAGAACAUUGGAUAAAAGGUGGCGAGUUAGGAAAGAAGCCAUGAUGGGUCUUGCUCAGCUUUACAAAAAGUAUUGCCUGCAUGGUGAAGGUGGGAAAGAUGCAGCUGAGAAAGUCAGCUGGAUAAAGGAUAAACUUCUGCAUAUAUAUUAUCAAAAUAGCAUUGAUGACAAGUUACUUGUAGAGAAAAUCUUUGCCCAGUCUCUUGUCCCUCACAAUCUAGAAACCGAAGAAAGGAUGAAGUGUUUGUACUAUUUGUAUGCUAGCCUGGAUCCCAAUGCAGUAAAAGCACUGAAUGAGAUGUGGAAGUGCCAGAAUAUGUUGAGAAGCCAUGUAAGGGAGCUGUUGGAUUUACACAAGCAACCCACUUCAGAGGCUAACACCACUGCCAUGUUUGCAAAGUUGAUGACUAUUGCAAAAAACUUGCCAGAUCCAGGAAAAGCACAAGAUUUUGUGAAAAAAUUCAAUCAAUCCUUGGGUGAAGAUGAGAAGCUUAGGUCUCAGCUAGACGUUUUAAUUAGUCCAUCAUGUUCAUGUAAACAGGCAGAUGUGUGUGUGAGGGAUAUAGCUCGUAAGCUUUCAAAUCCCAAGCAGCCUACAAAUCCGUUCCUGGAAAUGGUCAAGUUCUUACUGGAAAGAAUUGCUCCAGUGCAUAUAGAUUCAGAAGCUAUCAGUGCUCUAGUGAAGCUAAUGAAUAAGUCAAUAGAAGGUACAGCAGAUGAUGAAGAGGAGGGUGUUAGCCCUGAUUCUGCCAUAAGGGCGGGUUUGGAACUACUGAAGGUACUUUCCUUCACCCACCCUACCUCGUUUCAUUCCGCUGAAACAUAUGAAUCGUUCCUUCAGUGCCUCCGUAUGGAAGAUGAUAAAGUGGCUGAAGCAGCUAUCCAGAUCUUUAGAAACACAGGGCACAGAAUUGAGACUGACCUGCCACAGAUCAGAUCCGCACUUAUCCCAAUAUUGCACCAAAAGGCCAAGAGAGGAACUCCGCACCAAGCUAAGCAAGCCGUGCAUUGCAUCCAUUCUAUAUUUUCUAACAAGGAAGUGCAGCUGGCUCAAAUUUUUGAGCCCCUCAGCAGAAGCUUAAACGCAGAUGUACCAGAACAACUAGUUACACCUUUAGUCUCCCUGGGACACAUUUCUAUGCUGGCUCCUGAUCAGUUUGCUUCUCCAAUGAAAUCUGUCGUGGCAAACUUCAUUGUCAAGGAUCUGCUUAUGAACGAUCGGUCUAAUGGUGACAAGAAUGGCAAACUGUGGUGCCCAGAUGAGGAAGUGUCUCCAGAAGUCCUUGCUAAAGGUCAAGCAAUAAAGCUAUUGGUUCGUUGGUUGCUGGGUAUGAAAAACAAUCAGUCAAAGUCGGCUAAUUCCACUCUACGGUUAUUAUCGGCUAUGCUUGUAAGCGAGGGAGAUCUGACAGAACAGAAAAGAAUUAGUAAAUCCGACAUGUCUCGCUUGAGGCUGAAUGCUGGCGCUGCUAUCAUGAAGCUUGCCCAGGAACCCUGCUAUCAUGAAAUUAUUACUCCAGAGCAGUUCCAUCUCUGCGCAUUGGUUAUCAAUGAUGAAUGCUACCAGGUGCGGCAGAUCUAUGCACAGAAGCUUCACAAGGCUCUUGUUAAACUACAGCUCCCUCUAGAGUAUAUGGCUAUCUUUGCACUGUGCGCCAAAGAUCCAGUGAAAGAAAGGCGGGCACAUGCCAGGCAGUGCUUACUCAAGAACAUUAGUAUACGAAGGGAGUACAUUAAACAAAACCCAGUAUCAAAUGAUAAGCUGUUGUCCUUGCUGCCCGAAUAUGUUGUACCAUACAUGAUUCAUUUACUUGCCCAUGACCCGGACUUCACAAAACCUCAGGAUAUUGACCAACUACGUGAUAUCAAAGAGUGCCUAUGGUUCAUGCUAGAAGUUUUAAUGACCAAGAAUGAAAAUAAUAGUCAUGCCUUCAUGAAGAAACUAUGCGAGAACAUUAAACAAACCAGAGAUGCUCAAGCACCUGAUGACCCUAAAGCUAAUGAAAAACUGUUCACUGUGUGUGAUGUUGCGCUCUGUGUCAUAUACAGCAAGAGUGCGUCCUGUCACUCUGAAAGCUCAAAGGAUCCCGUCUUGCCCUUGCGGUUUUUUACACAGCCUGAUAAGGAAUUUUCCAUUGAUAAGAGCUACAUAUCUGAAGAGGCGAGGAAUCUUCUCUUAACGGGAAAGCCCAAACCAAUGACAGUGCUCGGUCUGGUAAACAAACCCCUAUCUGCCACUGGGCGCAGGCCGUACAGCAGGAGUACAGGCUCUGAGAGCAGUAACAACGUGACCAUUAAUUCUAAUGAGUCGGACACAUCUGUUGUCAUCAGACAGAGCUCUGAGGUCUCUGAAAUUGGUGUCAGUGAGAAUGAUGAGAAUCCUGUUCGUCUGAUUUCUGUUCCGCCGGCCAAGACUGAAACUGCGAAGAAUAAGGAAGUGAAUUCUGAUCAGACGGCGCCAUCUAACAUGGGUACAGAACGAGGAAAGAAGAGAUCGGCAGCAUCCGCUGGGGCAGAGAAUAUCCGUAAGGAAUCCGAGGAGAAGAAAGCAGACAAUACAAGCACAACUCCCACACCCAAACCCAGAAGAGGUCGACCGCCCAAGUCGGAAUCUCAGGGUAGCACACUGAAAAAUGAUGACACAAGCAAACCAUCUGGGAGAGGGCGCAAAAGGGCAGCGGCAAACCAGGAAAGUUCCGGAAUACAGGAGGCAGGCAAUGCCAAAGUACCAAAACAGGAAACAACAGCCAAAAAAACAACACAAAGGCAAAUAGAUCUGCAGAGCAGCCAGUUUGUGGGCAGUGAAGGAGACUUCCUAUGGGAAAUAGAGUCCAGCCCAGGAUGUUCUUCUAAUGAGACAGAUCUGAUUAGUGCAUGUGAGAGCAGCCAGGAGACAAAUCUAGAAGAGAGAGUUAUCCUGAAGGUAAAAAGAAAGAGUGUUUGCCGAAAAACAUGAGUCCAAAGCAAGGCAUGCUACAGGCUUUAACCCAUCAAAUUCCACUCCUGAUGUUUUCGGUUCAGAAGCUGAACUUGCCCAUCCGUUUUCCCGCUUUCUACCUGACGAGUCCACAGCCUGACGAGCAUUUUUCCUUCUAAGAAACUCCCUUGAGAGAAGCGCAAACCCUUACAGACUAGGAAUCUCCAGAUUCUCAGUGAUUUCUUGUUUUAUUUUUUAUUUUUUAAUGAACUGACUCAUAAUGUGUAACAUGGUGAUUUUUAUAUAUUCCGGUUGAAUGGAGCAAAGCAAUAGGCCUUUACUGUUUUUAACAGUUCGUGUGCUGUAUCCUACGAGAAGAACCUGGAGGUGCCAAUGUACCGCCUGCUGUGUUUUAUUGCUUAGAAACGUCACACUGUGUCCCCUGCAGCCUCCCGAGGGUCACAGCAGAUCCAAGCCGGUGCAUUGAAUAUAUGAGAAAUGUCCUGCUCUUAUCUCUUUUAUCAAAUGUUUGCUGCCAGUCUACUUUUCUGAUUAAGAUGUACAGUUUUUUGCUUCCCCCCCCCCCAUUCCUUUUAGUUUCAGUUACUCUCAACCCUAUGAAAAGUCAUUUGGUAGCGGUUACUUUUCUAUCUUUUUCCCUGCGAAGGAAGGAAUAGAAAUCAAUUGCGGAAGGAUUUGAAUGUAGAAGCAGACAUCUCAAAGCGCCAUCUUCUCUCUUGUCUUUCUGUUUCGGUUAAUACCAUUUGAAAUCAAUGUACAUAAUGUUUGUUUUAUAAAUCCUAUAUCUCCCACCGAAUCCCCCUUUUACUCGAGUUUACGUUGGGAUACUGUAUGGAUAGCAGACUGUUCGGCAUUUGAUUUUGUAAUGUUGGUCGCCAGAUUUUUAUUAACAAUGUAAAGAAAAAGAGAAAAAAAAGAAAAAAAAUUAAAUACAAAAAAAUCUUUUUUUAAAAAAUUAUAUAGUUGGCAUUAGGCAGCUUUCUACGCAAAAUCUGAAAAUUGCCGAUUUGAUUUUAGAUAACGUUGUUCUCAAGCCCACGUUUCAGGUUUGUCUCCCCAUCAGCCAUUUUUAAAGGUUUAUUUUUAGGAUCAUAGGUUUGCACCCAGCAUUUUGUUAUAGAUAUAGUGGACACAAAACUGUGUGCACCCAAUGCUGUAUGUGCACCUUGUAUGUCACAUGAUCAUAUUUAAGUUUUGUUGCAUACAAUAAACGCUUUUAGGUGU